UGCAGAAGAAACAUGAUGUUUUACAACUUCAAUAAUAUCCGGUACUCUAACAGGGAAUGUCUAAACUCUUUCGAAAUAAAAUCAAUUAAAAGAUAUUAGUAGCCGUAGAUUGCUGGCAAGAAAUCAGUCAAAUGAAUUUAUUAUAAGAGCUGAUAUGAAGAUUUAUCAAGUACAGUAAUAGAAAAAGUAUAAAAUAGAAAACAGCCGUACUGCGACGAAGAUGAAAAAACGUGUGUUUAAAGAGAGUUGGGUCAAAGUUGAAUAACUAUGCAGUUAUCUAUGGUUAUUGGAUGCACUAUACCCAUCACGAGCUUUCUAAAAUAGAACAAUUUUCAUUUCCCCGUGAGUCUAUUUUUGUCAAAUUGAAAUUGACAGUUCUGGAACGAAAAAGUUAUAGAAGAAGAAGAUUCGACAGUAUAAAAGGACAGUUUUGUUGACAGAGGAAAAAAUAGACAUGGCUCAUUACAUCUGAUGAAUAUUUCUAUUUAAUUAAUAUUGAACUAGAGAAAAACAUUGGCUUGUGAAAAAUCUGAAAUAUAGAAUUUUGUAGUACGUAGUUUUAUACAAAAAUGUUCUUUGCUUUAAAUUAAAUUGGAAAGUAACAUAUUUAUAUUAUCUAGCGAUUUACUACUAUGAUUCUAAGUUCAAAUAUAAAUAAGACACAUCCGUGUGGGGAUUUUACAAUUACAAGCUACUGAAAAAACAACAACUUGUUGAAAUGCAACAUAAUAUCGUACACCAAGUUACCACAACAAUAAGUUUUUAGUCAUCUGGCUAUAGGAGGCAGAAUUUUUGAUAUCAUGGUUUUUUUUGUAGAUACAAAAAAAUGAAUGAAGUACUUAAAAACGGAAAGUGGAUGUCAGUCAUUUUGGUUUAAAAUUUAUGAGCACCAAUUUCAUUUUCAAAUUUCUAGUAUAUGAUCUUCUCGUUAAAUGUCAGAGGUUUUGAAUAAAAUAUUUGCAAUUGAGGUCAAACAGUUAUUCAUAAAAUAUCGCGUUUUUUAAUAUCGGAUUUAAUAUAAUAAUGAUUUUUGUAACAACGUCCGCCAUAUUUGGAAGCUUAUGUAUGACUAAGUGGACAGGAGUUUAAUUUUGAAAUGAUGAAACUAAUUAAAAUAUAAAUAUAUAGGGUUUUAGAUAAAUUUGAUUUUGUUAUUUUUUCAAUUGUUAUCAAAAAUACACCAUAACAUUUGAACAGAUUUUAAUUUAGUUCGUUAUCGCAAGAAAAAUUAUUUAUUUGCGAAUACAAAAUGGAGUCUAACAAAUACUUUCACGCCAUUGACUUUGUUAUAUUUAUAGGAAUGCUCAUAAUUUCAUCAGCAGUCGGUGUGUUUUUUGCAUAUCGUGAUAGAGAAACUCAAUCAACAGAUAAUUACUAUUUUGGAAGCAGGAAGGUGUCACCGAUUCUUGUUUCGUUUUCCUUGGCCGUUUCUUUCAUAUCUGCAAUAACCGUGAUUGGUCUUCCAGUCGAAAUAUAUUUAUUUGGUACAAUCUUCGCCUGGGUUGUUUUGUCACAUUUGAUUGCUGUAUUGAUAUCUUCAACGUAUUACAUCCCUCUUCUGCACCGAUUGCAGUUGAAAAGUGUAUAUCAGUAUUUGAAUCUACGAUUCCAUACCAGAAUCCGAUCACUAGCUUCGGGAAUGGCAAUGAUUAACCUGAUUCUUUACAUGGGAGUCACAGUUUAUAUUCCCGCCCUAGCUCUAAGUGCUGUUACGCCACUUGAACUGAAUUGGAGUAUUGCUUUAACAAGCCUUGUUUGCACUUUCUACACUAGUAUUGGCGGAAUGAAAGCAGUAAUAUGGACUGAUUUCAUACAAGCAAUUAUAAUGUUGACUGGAAUGUUUGCAGUUUUCAUAAAAGCCACCAUUGUUGUUGGCGGACUCGGUUCUAUUUCUGAAGCUGUUGAGCGUGGGGAAAGAAAUAAUUUUUGGAAAUUCAACAUUGAUCCAAGAGUUAGAAGCACUGUGUGGACCGUAGUUAUCGGGUUGACAUUGAACAAUUGCUUUAAAACUGGAUGCAAUCAAGUCUUUACACAGAGAUAUAUGUCAUGCGAUUCAGUCAAAUCCGCAAGAAUAGCUUUAUGGUUAAAAGUUAUCCCCGGUACGAUGUUCACAUUGUUAUCAGUUGGAAAUGGUUUGGCAAUGUAUGCAUUCUAUGAAGGGUGUGAUCCUUAUACUGCAAAACAAAUAACUAAACCUGACCAAUCAAUGCCGAGACUGGCUAUGGAAAUAUUUCAAGACACUCCAGGAAUGGCUGGACUUUUUGUUUCAUCUGCCUAUUGCGGAACGCUAAGUACAAUAUCGUCGGGUGUCAAUGCUCUUUCUGCGUUAGCUUUAAUGGAUUUCAUCCUUCCGUGUUUUCCGAAGAUGUCAUCAAAAAAAAGGAUAGUUCUCAGCAAAGUAUUAACUAUUAUUUUUGGAGUGCUGGUUAUGACGCUUGCUUAUCUGGUAUCUCUCUCAUCAUCAAACAUCAUCCAAAUAACGACAUCUAUAACUGGUUCCAUUGGAGGUCCAGUCAUUGCUGUAUUCACAAUGGGGAUGUUUAUGCCGUGGAUAAAUCACUGGGGUGCAUUGAUAGGAAUUGUUGGAGGAUGGCUCUUUGCAGGCUGGAUUGCAAUAUCUGCAAUGUCUCUGUCAAGUUUUCCUGGCACAACAGAAAAGCUGCCGUUGUCAAUAGACAGUUGUCCUACUUCCAAUUAUACGACGCAAAUCAGUACAAACUAUUCUAGUUACUCUACCUCAACUACGGAGAUAGAAUACUCGUCAGGGGAAAUUAUGACAACAAAUUUAGCAAUUGUCGAGAGUCCGGUGAUUAACUACACUCUUUAUUCAAUCUCACCAUUCUAUUACGGAGUUAUCGGAUUUCUGACAUGUAUUCUGAUCGGUCACAUUAUUUCACUGAUUACAGGAUUUAACAAACCGUCUAAAGCCGAUCCAAUGUUAUUCGUACCAAUAUUCAACUACAAAGUACUUCGUUUUGGUGUUCCUGAAAUUCCCUCAAGCUACACACUAGCAUCUUGCACGCCAGAAGAAGAAAAAUUAAAUAAAACCACAAACCCAAAUACGAAGAAUGCCAAUGGAUCACCGAUUGCUUCUAAUUGGGAAGACUCAAUAUUGAAGGAAUGACUUUUUCGAAUUGUUCAGUAACUGAAUUUAAAAUCCGUGUUAAAUUUUGAAAUAAAAAUCCGCAAAACGCGGCAA